AUGAACACCACUACUUCCGGCACCAUUAUGGAUGAGCUUACGGCUGGCGCCAUCUCUCCCAAGGAUAUCGUUGAAGAACUGAUAGGCAAAAUCGAUAUAGCAGAUGCCUCAUUCCAAUUGACUUUGUUUUUCAUUGCCUUCAACCCAAUCUUUUGGAACAUCAUCGCACGUUUGGAACAUUCUACCCAUUUUUUAACCCAAUUGGCAGGGAAUAAUGCUAAACGUGGAUGCUACAUCCUAGCGAUUAUAAUAUUUUCCCUUGGUAUUGGACGUGAUAUGGUUUUCCAGGAAACUUUAAACCAUCAAGAAAGCUCUGUUCUUCUAGAACUUCCCUUAAUCAGAAAUUUGGGUGUGGCUUCUUUCUUAAUUGGCCAGUUGCUGGUAAUCACUUCAAUGUAUCAACUGGGUAUUACAGGGACUUAUUUGGGUGAUUAUUUUGGUAUCUUGAUGAAUGAGAGAGUUACUGGGUUCCCAUUCAAUGUGUCUAACAAUCCAAUGUAUCAUGGGUCAACAUUAUCAUUUUUAGGAACAAGUUUAUAUUUUGCCAAGCCAAGUGGGGUUGCUAUUACUGCGUUUGUCUACAUGAUGUACUGCAUUGCUCUCCGUUUUGAAGAGCCCUUUACUGCUGCUAUAUAUGCUAAGAGAGACGCUGGAAAGUUAAGCAAAAACAUUUAG